UGUUAACUGUUUCUCGCUAAUUGAAAUCUAUAUCCUAAUAUCGUUAUUUAUCAAUUUUAACUUUGUUCUGUUCGCGAUUUUACUGACGUACGUGUUGAUAACUAAGAUUCUUUGUUUGCAAGGCCGUUCGGCAUACUCCGACCACGGCAUUCUGCCUGCCGCCCAGUUAUUUGUGAUCGCUGUCCGUUUCUUUCAAUAAAUUCAACGAUUCCAAAUUGAAUUUUUCAUACAUUUAAUUGGUUUAUUAAUAUUGUUAAAAGAAAAACAUAAUUUCAAAAAAUGUACGACGAGGAAGAGGAGGAUUUACCUCCCGAAGAUUUUCGAUUUUUAUCAGUUGUUCCAACUGUAGACGAUUUUUAUGGACCCAAACCCUAUUUACGACCUUGUCAAAAUAAAGAACCUUAUAAUUCAGUUGAACACUAUUUAGAUGUACAAUUUCGUUUACUGAGGGAAGAUUUUUUUCAACCUUUGAGAAAGGCAUUACAAGAUUAUUUAUCAAAUAAUAAUAAAAAAGAUUUUCGUAGCAGUGAUAUUCGCUUGUACAAGAAAGUAAAAAUUCUUCCACCUGAAGUUAAUAAAAAUCAAAAUAUUGGCAUCAAAGUGUAUUUUGGUAAAAAAAAUUUUAUUAAUUGGAGAACAUCAAAAAGAUUCAUGUACAGAAGUCUAUUGAUGUUGAGCCAUGACAAUUUUGGGAAAAUCUUAUUUGCUACAGUAUCAGACCGUGAUACUAAAAUGUUAGAAAAUGGCUACAUUUUAGUUGAACCUUGCCUUGAAUCAGGGUAUAUAACAAAUGAGAUGUAUACUUAUGAGUAUAUUAUGCUUGAAUCAAAAGUAUAUUUUGAACCUUAUCUACAGGUUCUUAGUGCUAUGAAGUGUUUUAAUUUAGAAAAUUUUCCAAUGAAACAAUAUCUUGUAGAUGCAGAUACACAAUCAAGUUUACCAAAAUAUCUACGACGUGCUUCAAAUCUUAAAUGCAAAACCAUGAAUUUACCUAUUCAAAAUGGUUUGUGGCCAUUAGCUCAUCAGUUGAAUCUUGAUGAUUCACAGUAUAAUGCCUUUAAGCAUGCUUUAACCGAGGAACUAGCAAUCAUUCAAGGUCCUCCUGGUACUGGCAAGACAUUCAUUGCUUUGGAAAUUGUUAGUACAUUAGUACAAAAUAAAAAUCUUUGGAGGCCCAGUGGACCAAUUGUCAUUGUUUGCUACACAAAUCAUGCUUUAGAUCAAUUUUUAGAAGGAAUUCUCAUCAGUACUAAAUCUAUUGUGAGAAUAGGAAGUAAGUCUAAAAGUGAAAAAUUGCAAAAAUUUACAUUACAACAAAGAAGACAAACUACGCAUUUUAAAGAUAAUUACUCACAAGUUCGUGAAAAUAAAAAGAAAAUGUAUGAAGCGAAAAAGGAAUUGGAGGCAUUAAUACAAAUGAUGGCCAAGAUUAAUGUCGAUAAACAACGUUUAGAAACAUUAGAAGCCAUCGUGCCUAUACAAUGCCUCAAACAAUAUACAAAAGAUCGAACUCUGGCAUCUUUUCAAACAAACACUCAAUUAAUUACAUGGUUGCUCAAUGGCAAAGUACCAUCGGUAUUUAACACAGUUGCUCCUACAAAUCAAUUAAACUCAUCACAAUCAGAAAGUUCUUCAACUAGAGUAAAAGAUGAAGAAUCUGUAUCUGAUGAAGAAGAUGGUCACCAACACAUGGAUGAUGAGCUAGAACUUGAAACUGUUAAUAUUGAAUACAAUGAUUGUCAUGUUAUUUAUCCUUUGAAAAUUAUUGAUUCAAAAUUAGAACUUAUCGCUAGAGGCAAAAUUAAUUCUACAAAAGGAAAAUCUAACUUUCAUAAAAAACCCAUUCCAUCAUUAAUGGAAUUAAAUAACAAAGAAGAACGAGAAUUAUUAGAAGCUCGGAAAUUGUUGGAGCAACAAUUAAAUUUACAUCCAAGCCGUGAAGAUGGAAACUACAGGCCUAUUCACAAUCAACAAUGGAGGAUGUAUUGGACUUGGAUAAAACGCUGUCAUGACACUGCUGUGGAUCAGCUGAAUCGUAUGGAACUACAGUUUCGUGAACUUAGUAAAAAAUUAAGCGACAAAAAGAAUAUUGUAGACCUUGAUGUAUUGAAAAAAUAUGACAUUAUUGGACUAACUACAACUUGUGCUGCAAGAUUACAAUCUACAUUACGAGAAUUAAGAGCUCCAAUUGUGUUAGUCGAAGAGGCAGCAGAAAUUUUUGAAGCCCACGUUCUUUGCACUUUGACCAAUUAUUGUCAGCAUUUAAUAAUGAUAGGCGAUCACAAGCAAUUACGACCGAAACCUUCGGUUUACGAACUUGGCGUCAAAUACAAAUUAAAUCUGUCACUUUUCGAGAGGAUGAUUAAUAUUCGUGGCAAUUGCAAUCAACUUGCUCAUCAGCAUCGAAUGCGUCCAGAAAUCGCUAAAUUAAUAACACCGUCCAUUUACGACAAACUUUACAAUCAUCAGUCCGUAUAUUCACGUCCAAACAUCAAAGGGUUGGAUAAAAACGUGUUUUUUCUGCAUCAUACUCAUCAUGAAAUAAAGUUCAAUAACGAAGAUAGUUGGGCAAAUGAUUAUGAAGUUAAAUUUUUAAUUGCAUUAGCUAAUUAUUUGGUACAACAAGAAUAUGCAGUCAAUGAAAUCACAGUUCUUUGUACUUAUACAGGACAAAUGUUUGCUCUUAAAAAAGAAGUGAAAAACUACAGUAAUCUAAAAGAUUUAUAUGUGACUACUGUAGACAAUUUUCAAGGAGAAGAAAAUAAAAUUAUUUUGUUAUCUCUUGUUCGCAACAAUGACACAGGAAAUAUUGGAUUUCUCAAAGAAGAAAAUCGAGUUUGCGUUGCUUUAUCUCGAGCACGAGAUGGCAUGUUCAUCAUGGGGAACAUGAAUGAUCUUCUGGUUAAGAAUAAUAUUUGGCCAAAAAUUAAGCAGACUCUAGUUUCACAGAAUGCUUUUGAUGAACAAUUGCAUGUUCGCUGUCAAAUCCAUGCGGAUCAAACAACUUUGAUUAGAACUGCUAAGGACUUUGAAAAAUGCCCUGGGGGUGGAUGCUUGAAGCAAUGCAAUCUUGAUCUUACUUGUGGACAUGUCUGUGAUAGAAUUUGUCACGUUGCUGAUAGAGAGCACAAACUUCAUAAAUGUGAAAAAAAAUGCAACAAUAGUUGUCCUUUUGGUCAUCCAUGUCCAUUAAAAUGUUGGCAAAAAUGUUUACCGUGCAACGUCAUUGUUGAAAAGUCUCUUAAAUGUGGUCAUACAGUGAAAAUGAAAUGUAGUGAGCAUGCUGAAACUUUUCCAUGUUACAUUGAGAUUCAUACAAUUUUACCAAAUUGUAAGCAUUCAGUGCUUAAACCCUGCUAUAUUUCAGUUGAUAGAUUCAAAUGUCCUAUUGACUGCGACAGUCGUUUACCUUGUGGACAUGCAUGUAAUCAAAAAUGUCAUAUAACAAAAGAUCCAGAUCAUAUAGAAUAUAAGUGUACUAGGCCAUGUCCAAGAAUUUAUGAUGAAUGUAACAAAAAACACGAGUGCAAAAAACGUUGCUUUGAAGAAUGUGGAUUAUGUCCUAUAUCAGUCACUAAGAAACGAUCUUGCGGUCAUUUUUACAAAGACAUUGCAUGUUCAAAAAAUGUCGAGGACAUUGAAUGUACAAGGAGAUGCGAACGUGAACUUAGUUGUAAUCAUAAAUGCAAGCUAGAAUGCCAUGAAGUUUGUAAAUGCUUACAGAAAGUUCAAAAAGUAAGUUCAUGUGGCCACACAGUAAAAGUCCAAUGUUUUGAAGAAGCAACUCCUUCUAAAUGUACUGGUAAAUGCCCAAGAAAGCUAGAGAAAUGUGGACACCCUUGCCAAAAAAGGUGUAAAGAUCAGUGUACGUUAAACUGUGAAUUUCUUGUAAAACUAAACCAUCCUGGCCUUUGUGGACAUCUCAUGACAGUACCAUGCCAUGUUCAAUUUAAUUCUCAAAUGCAGUUAAUUCAAAAAAGUGCAUUAAAGUACUGUGAUAAACCAUGCAUGGAAUUAUUAGAAUGUGGACAUAGGUGUAAAGGUACUUGUGGUAAAUGUUAUCAAGGACGUAUUCAUGUGACCUGUCAAGAACCAUGUCAACACCCUCUCAUUUGUGGUCAUCCAUGUCAAAUACCUUGCAGAAAAGAAUGCCAACCUUGUAAAAGACCAUGUGAAGUUAUUUGUAAACAUAGUAAAUGUACUAAUAAGUGUGGCGUUCCAUGUGUAACUUGUAAAGAAGAAUGUGAUUGGGGCUGUGAGCAUCGAAAAUGUUCUAAAAAAUGUGGUGAUCUCUGUGACGUUGAACCGUGUAUGGUUCCUUGCAAAAAAAUUUUGAAAUGUGGCCACCCAUGUGUUGGUUUUUGCGGGGAUCCCUGCCCUCCGCUGUGUCGUUUAUGCAACAGUGAAGAACUAACAACGAUCGUUUUUGGCAAUGAAGAUGAACCGGAUGCGAGAUUUGUGUAUCUAGAAGAUUGUAAACAUUGUAUAGAAAGUGAUGCACUAAUGCAAUACAUGCAAAUUUGCGAUUCUGAAAUUGCAUUGAAAGUGUGCCCACUUUGUAAAACUCCAAUUAAGAGUUGUAUGCGUAUUAUGAACCAAGUGAAAACUCAUCUAAAAGAUGUUAUUGAAGUGAAACGUAAAUUUUUUUACCGUAAUCGAAAAGACUUGAAAGAACUACAACUUCAUCAUUGCCAAAAAUUGCGAGAACUGGCAAGUGUUUUUCAACAGUUACAUUUUAAAAAUUUGAAUGAAAUAGAAAUGAUCUUAAACUCCAUGUUAAAUCGAGGAGCUUCAGUGAUGAAAAAUGGGAAAAAACAAGAAUUGGACUCACAAGAAUUAGACUCUUUUGGAAUUCAAUUACAAAUUCUUUCAGAAAUGUUUGACAUAUUAACAAAAAUUAAAGGUAAAACUUUAAAUGAUGGAAUAAAAAAUCAAAUAUUAUUGCUGUGUAAUGCAAUACCUGGCAUCUGGUUGAUAACCAAGCAAACUAUCAAUGAUAUUCAAAGAGAACUGCGACGUUUUGAAUACAUGGUGGCAUUAUUUAAAGACUAUGCCGAGAAUAGGCAUUUUGAUUAUGUCAGGGACAAACUUUCCAGCAUUAAAAUAUUUACUCCUGAAUUAGAAAAAGAAGUACGUAAUUCCAUUUCUCAUAUUACAAAAGAAGUGCUGGUGGCAGAGCGAAAAAUGAUCGUUGCGGCAAUGGCUAGAGAAAUCAAAAGCGGUGCAUGGUACAAAUGUCCUAACGGCCAUUUUUAUGCCAUUGGAGAAUGCGGUGGUGCUAUGCAACAGAGUAAGUGUCCAGAAUGUGGUAGUGCUAUUGGAGGUUCCAACCAUCGCAUUACCACCGGAAAUACUCCCGCUCCUGAAAUGGAUGGUUCUUAUCAACCAGCGUGGCCUGGGCAAUAUUAAAAAAAUUUAAAGCUUGUAUUUUGAGUUAAAACUUUUUUUGAAAUGUUUUAUAAUAAGCGAUUGUUUUUUACUUAUUUAAAAUGUUGACAGUUUCAUGUUAAUUUGGUGGUUUUUAAAAUCUGAUUUGUAAUAAAAAAAUUAACCGAUAUUGAUGCUGAAUAAAGAGUGUUAAAAAUUAUAAA